GAUAACCGCUAGUCCAGAAUUCUGGACAUUUCAUAAGCUUGCCAUGCCGGGUCUUCCUCGACGUUUCCAAGGGAUGUAAGCUAACAGCUUACCUCGGGAGAAGUGUUUGUGAAUCCCUUCGAAAACACAUGUCUGACCAAGACUAUGGCGGAAUCGGAAACCGCGCUGUCCGACCUUUCGGAGGAAGAUAUUCAGUUCCCUGUGCAAACUCUGCGAAGAACUGUGUCCCAAGAAUCCGGCAUCUCAACUUUAAGCGGCGUCAGUUACCAGCCACCGGAACGUACCUCGACGCCCACGGGAUACGAUGGCCGUUCGUCGAUGGGACCGGAGACGCCUUCGAGAUCGCACGACCAUAGGGGCGUCUCCGCGGAUGAAGUGAGAGUGGCAAUCAUGAAAGGCAGACUAGACACUGUUCGCGAGCUCUAUCUCGCAGGGAUCGAUAUCAACUCGAUGUUGAACGGUGGUUGGACCGCCUUGAUGUACGCCUGCUCAUACGGAGAAGACGAGAUCGUGAAGUACUUGGUCGACAACGGAGCCGACGCGCACUCUCAUAAAGAUAUGUUCACAGCUCUCAUGGCAGCUUGUGCAUCCCGAAGAGAUUGUGAACCUCGGCUCCUUCAGUGCUGCGAGUAUUUGCUGGAGUACGGGGCCGAUGUCAACGCGGCCGAGAGGCACUUGAUGACACCUCUCAUGUUCGCUUCGAGAGAAAACCGCCCGAACAUCGUCGCUUUCCUCCUGGAAAAUGGCGCAGACAUAAACGCCAAGGAUUGUCGUCACUGGACGCCGCUCUGUAUUGCUGCGUACGCCGGAAAUAUAUCUGUUCUCAACCUGUUGCUGAACCACGGCGCAGAUCCUAACAAAGUUACACUCAAAGGCCAUACGGCUUUUGAUAUCGCUGAAGUGAAUGGGAAGAGAAUUGUUGCAGAUGUAUUGAAGAGAGUCACGAGGAUCGCACCGGCACCCCCAAGAUCACCCAUGCCUCCGAAAUUGGAGACUGUUGCAGAGGAAUCCUUGGAGCUCAAGACAAUUCCUUUGAACAACAAUGCUAUCCCGUUGAAGCCGAAACAGCAUACCCGUCAGAUUGUCAAUAAAGUUGAUCAGAACGACGAUCUCUAUCUUUUUCUGGCUGGAAUCGAUCUGCUGGACUAUCUACCGUUGUUGAGGGAACACAAAAUCGACUUUCAAGUGCUGCUCCUCCUUGAAGACUCCGAUUUUGAGAAACUCGGAAUCACGGAACUCGGAAUUCGGAAAAAAUUGUGUGCCGGAAUCCUGGAAAUCCACAAACAGCCAUGGACCAAAGACAGCCUCGCUAAAUUGCCAAGCAGAUUGACGUGCCAUGAUGUGAAGAAUAUGCUCGAGAAUCUGACCUCUCACGUUGUGUAUAUGAAAACUUCUAUUUCGUUCAUGCUGCGCGAAGUGAAAAACGACGCAACCGUCUUAGAGAAAGGAGUUCAAGACACUGGGGGCAUACAAGCCUUGCUUCUCGAGCACGAGUCUUUGCUGAGAGCGGAGAAGGAUCUCCAGACUGAAUGCGAAUCUCUGCAGAAGUACCUACAGUCGGUUAGCGGAUGUUCUCAAUACAAUUACAUUAGAUACGGUUCGCCCCGAGACUCGGGGUAUCUAGGGAUUUUUCUCUCUUUCCUCAUCGGAACGGGCAUGCUUUUCGUAGUCAAGAGGAUGUUUUAGUCCACGCGUUGCAUGUUGGACUAUUCGAACGACAAUGGUGUUUGGAAGGUUCCGCGGGCAUCUGGAUUCUUGAUCAUUAUUAGCUGGAACUCAGCACAGAUGAGCCACGGAAAACCCGUCUGAGUUCCCGCUCGAGGGUGUAGUUCAGAACGUCAACACAGGGCUUGGCGGCUCCGGCCACCCGAAUAUAACCCGGCUUUAGUCCUGGCCCGAUUGGGGGACCCGUCUCCGAUCGUGGACCGCAUCUCCGUCUACGAAAAACGUCGUCAGAUAACGUGGAACCCAUCGGAUUGAGCAUGAAUGAAUCAGCCGCCAGGUGAGCGUCUGAUCCUGAACUUCGGGAACGGUUAUCAAAACGGACCGGAUAUGAUUCGAACACCGACUUACGGAGACUCAGGAUCUACCGGAACUCUGGGUUUCUAGCUUCUAGACUUCGAUGAGAAAUGGGAACUCGAUUUCGAAUAAAUGAA